UUCUUUUCUCAAAACGAUGAAAAGUCAUAAGAAAUAACAUAUGCAUUUCUACCUUAAUUUCUCAUGCAAUUAAAUCUUACUACAUACUUAUUAAAUCCCCUUACCCUCUUCAUACUCUUUCAUAUCUCCCUAGCAAUUCUUUUAUUUUUAUUUUGUAUUCUCAAAAAAUAAAAUGGAGGCAAAGAAACAUGCAUGCACACUAGAGAUCACUGUUAUCUCCGGUGAAAACAUAUGUGUUGAUCGAACUCCAAUUGCUGAGAACAUCUUUGUAACCGUUCGUGCGGAGUCUCUGAAUUGUUGCACAACCAAAAUGGUAAGCGAAAAUGGUGGCAUAUUUGCAUGGAACGAGAAAUUCAUGUUGGAUAUUCCCAUGCAUGCUAGGUCAAUCACAUUUGAAGUGCAAUGCAAGAAAUUCAAGGCGGCGCGGCCCGUUGGGGUGGCCAGAAUUGGGGUUUUGGAUGUUCUUUUUUCUCGAAAUAUUUCGAAUGCAACUGAAAAUAAUGAUGAUGGCGUUCAAAUGUUGAGUUAUGAGUUGAGGGGUUGGGAUGGGAGGAGAAAUGGGGUAAUCCAUUUCUCGGUUAGGGUGGUGGUGCCGCCGCCGGAGGAUUGGCCGGGGAGUUACGAAAUCAAACAAGCAAAGGAAGAAAUGAAGAUGAGUUCUAGUGGAUUAUUUGAGCAUGACCAAGUUAUGGAGUCUAAAGUGAAUAAUCAAAAUAAUCCAAAAAAUAAUGUUGUAUGUGUUCCGGUUUGGUUGAGACAUUGUAUUAGUUUUUUUAAAUUUUCCUUUAUUUUUGGAUUUGUAUAUAAGAAGAAUAAGAAGAAGGUGUGUGAUUGAUAUUUCAUCAUCAAAAAUACUAUUUACAUACUAAAAUCAGCCACUAAUAUAUUUGUAUAUAAAUAUAU